GACAUCUAUCGGUCAUUAAUUUACUUAAUUAUUGUGAAUGUUAAAAGUGAACUGUCAAAAGCGAGCUGUCAAAAUUUCAUAACAUAUGGUCAAACGGUACUUUUUUGAGAAUUAUUUUUGCAAAACACUAUUGUAUUUUUAUUAAAAAUGGAAAAAAGUGAACUUCGUGCUGUUAUAAAGUACUUUCAUUUGAAAGGUUUAAACCAGAAACAAAUUAUUGAGGAGUUGCAGACAGUAUUAGGGGAACAUGCACCCUCAAAUGCAACAGUUUACAAUUGGGUAAACGAGUUUAAACGUGGUCGGAUAAGCACCAAAGAUGAGCCACGCUCUGGGAGGCCAAAAGAGGUAACGACUCCAGAAACGGUGGAAAAAGUGUACAAAAUUGUCACACAAGAUCGAAGAAUUAAAUUGAGAGAGAUUGCUGACAUUGUGAACAUUAGUUAUGAACGUGUGCAUAACAUAAUACAUAAUGAAUUGGGUAUGAAAAAGCUUUCAGCAAGAUGGGUGCCGCGUUUGCUAACUCCUCUGCAAAAAAUGAACCGAAUGUCGACUUCAAAAGUUGGUUUAGACAUGUUUAACAGAAAUCCAUCGGCAUUUUUGCGUCGUUUCAUAACGAUGGAUGAAACGUCUAUCCACCACUAUACACCAGAGUCUAAAGAACAGUCCAAACAAUGGGUAGAACGUGGCUCAAGUGCUCCAAAGAAGGCAAAGGUCGUUGCAUCAGCUGGUAAGGUUAUGGCAUCUAUUUUUUGGGAUGCACAAGGUAUAAUUUUCAUAAAUUAUCUUGAAAAGGGUAAAACCAUCACAGCUGAAUAUUAUUCAUCUUUGUUGGAUACAUUGGACCAAAAUAUUAAGCAAAAACGGCCACAUUUGAAAAAGAAGAAAAUCCUCUUUCAUCAUGAUAACGCUCCUUCACAUUCAUCUUGGAAAACGCAGGAAAAAAUAAAUGAGUUAGGCUAUGAAUUGCUCCCUCAUCCGCCAUACUCGCCAGAUUUAGCUCCCAGUGACUUUUUCCUUUUUCCAAAUAUGAAAAAAUGGCUCGGCGGAAAAAGAUUUGUGUCAAAUAGUGAAGUUAUAGCUGCAACAAAUACUUAUUUUGAAGGUUUUGAAAAAACUUAUUUUAGAGAAGGAAUAAAUAUGUUAGAAAAGCGUUGGAAAAAAUGUAUUGACUUAAAAGGAGAUUAUGUUGAAAAAUAA